AUGGCCACCCCCGCCGUCGCGGCGUCUCUGUCCGUGGCCCAGGGGCUCGGGAAGCCCCUCUGCGCCGGCAGCAACGCGUCGUCGCUCCGGGUCGUCGCGCCCCGUCAGUCGGCCAGGAGGAUGGCCGUCGUCCGGGCGUCCGCGCAGAAGCAGCACCCGGCCAAGGAGUGGGCGGCCGCGGCUGCCGUGGCGGCGGCGCUGGUGCUGCCGGAGGUCGCGGAGGCCGCGCCGGGGAUCUCGCCGUCGCUCAAGAACUUCCUCCUCAGCAUUGUCUCCGGCGGGGUCGUGCUCGUCGCCAUCGUUGGCGCCGUCGUCGCCGUCUCUAACUUCGAUCCCGUCAAGCGGGGCUGA